GAAAGCCAACACUGUAAUGUUUAUCACGAGGGUGAUAUGGUCUGAUGGUUUCUUCUAGAUGAGAACCUGUUUCCUCAGCCUUUCUGUCCCCUGAGCCAUCCCCAUCAAACACUCUGAUGCAUUCCUCCCUCUUCUUCUGUCCCUGCAGGGCUCCAUUGCACCUGGUGAGAAGCAAGUGCUGGAAUUCUCUUACAUGCCAGGAUUACCAGGAGCUUUCAGCAGGACUUACCAGCUUAAAGUGGGUGACCUGGACCCGGAAAAUAUUUGUCUGAAAGGAGAAGCAUCCUUUCCAAUGAUCUGUAUGAACCUGCCCUGGAACAUCAAAGAAAAUGAAAAAGAUGAGAAGCCUCUGACACAGCUCGUAAAACUCGCGCAAGAACACAGUCAGAGGAAGAAAUCCGUUGAUCGGAAGAAGACUCAAAGCCUGAAGACUGGGACCUUGAAGUCUCAGACCCAAAAAACUCGGACUGCAAAGAGUCUGAGUCCGAAGACUGGGAACCUGAAUCCUGAUGUGCUUGACUCUGGCAUUGCACCAAACACUCAGCAGAUAAACACGGUGAAGACGCUGAUUGAGAAGGCUGCUCUGGAGAUGCAGGAAAAGCUCACACCCCAUUCCCCAGAGAGCAAGUUCCCUGACAAAGAACUGUGCCAGAGCCUUGUCAAAGUUGAGCUGCCUGAGUAUGUCCUGGACAUGGGCACUGUCCGUAAGGGUUUCACUGAGAGAAGCACUCUGGAGAUCACCAACCCUGGGCAGAUCCCAGUGUCCUUCCAGAUCGAUGUAUCUGUCCUGCAGGACACAGGUUUCAGCGUGGAGCUGGACCAGGUGCAGGGCCUGCCCCACAGCCACACCAGGACGUUUGACGUGCGCUUUGAAAGUAUCCGGCAGCCACGGGGUGACGUGGAUGUGCUGCUGCCCAUAGAGGUGAAAAAAGGCCCCACAUAUAACAUCCGUCUGCGUGCCGCUGUGUCUGAGCUGUCACUCGAACUCUCCAAGAACACUCUGCACUUCUCUGCUCUGCUCGUUGGGCAGUGCCAGGUUGAGACAAUCCAGCUCUACAACUGGUUCCGAGUACCCUGCCGAUGGUCCAUCAAGCCUGUUCAGAAGAACAAUCAGCACAUGUACAUGACACCAGCCGUACAUCAGAAGCAGCAGGCGCUGGAGGAUGAGCCCUGUCCCUUUGAAGUGAAGCCUUCCAAAGGAACCCUUGGUGCAGGAAGGUGGCAGAAGCUGCAAAUCACAUUUACACCCAAGGAGGAGAGGUCUUACAAGAAUGAGCUGGAGCUUAACAUUAAUGGGAGCAGCAAUUGCUUAAAGCUGCAGCUCUCCGGACAAGGUCUGGAGCCGCGGUUGGAGUUCAGCCCUCCAGCACUAAAGAUGGGAUGGAUGCUGGUGGACAGCACUGGGGUGGAGGCCACAGUGGUGGUGAAGAACCCAUGCAACUUUCCCAUUGAGUUUUACUCCCUGGAUUUUGAUGAGCAGCACCUUGAGAAGAAGAAGGUCACAGAUCCGAAGACCUUGACUGGGGAGAUCCUGAGGGAUGGGAAGCUGCCAGCGGAAGACCAGAUGCUGGAACAUCUGGGACUGCAUCCCGACAGCCCUCCCCUUUCCCCUGCUGCUGUGCUCUCCAGUGUCGAGUACCCAGAGAAGCGGCUGGGCUCUGCAGAGCGUGUGCAGGACAAUCUGCUGGGUGCUCCAGUGGUGCCAGCACUGAAGGCCAAGGCCCCAGAUGCAAAGGGCAGUUCUGCCAAGGGCCAACCAAAGACGGGUAAAGCAACCAGCAGAGACAGAUCUGUAAAGGAGAAGCAGAUCUCCACACGGAGAACAGAAAGUUCCCGCGCCUCUUCUGCAACAAGAUCCAAAAGUACGCUGGAAAGGGCCUCAACCCCCACAGUAUUCCUCAGGCUUAAACAGUACCGGUGGAUAGUGCCUGCCCAGGGUGAGGUGGAACUGAAGGUCAACUUCUUCGCCAAAAAGCCAGGGAGGUUUGAGCAGACACUGAGCUUUGAGCUUGUGCCAUCAAAGCGCCAGUACAAGCUGCCCUGCAGUGGCACUGGCCUGUACCCCAGCAUCAGCCAGAACCCACGGGUGGUGUUUCCACAGUGGAGGGCGACCAUGAAGGAAGGUGAAGUCAUCUUCAAGGAAUAUGUUGAGAGCACAAAGCAAUUCCACUUUGGACCGCUGCUGUGUGGGAGAUCAAGAGAGUGGUACAAGACCCAGAACUGUCCUGGCAACUCUGAAAAUAUAACCAUCUUCAACAACUCCCCCACGGACGUAAAGGUCCGAUUCUCCUUUGAGAAUGCUGGGGAAGCAGAUACGUUCCUUUUGAACCCUCCCCGCAUGACACUGAAACCAAAGGAGAAGAAGGAGCUGACCAUUUGGGCAUACCCCACUUCCCCUGGCUUCCUGGAAGACAAACUCGUCUGCAGCAUUGAGAAGAACCCGAACCCAGUGGUCUUCAGCCUGUGCUGCUAUGGGGUGGGCAUGAAGAUGGAGGUCAGCACCCGGGAGCUGUCUUUUGACAAACUGCUUCUGCACAGGACUGACUGCAGGACCUUCGUCCUGAAAAACAACAGCAUGCUGCCCAUGGCCUGGCAGCUCCGUGGGCUGGAUGACCUUGUUGAGAACUUCUUCUUGUCACAAAAUAAUGGCAUCCUUGAUCCCCGCUCAGAGUUUGAAGUGACACUGCAUUUCAAGGCUGAGCAGAUUGGCAGCAUUGAGAAGACCCUCCGACUAGAGGUUUCAGAUGCAGAAAACAUCCUGGGGGUUGUUCAGACAGAAAACAUCAAAAUCUCUGCAGAGGUCUAUGAUGUUUCUCUGGGCAUUGACAUGCCUGAAGGUGCAGAUGGAAGCUUGGAAUUUGGAACAAUUAAUGUCCUGGAUAAGGUGAAGAAAGUCCUGAGUCUAAAGAUCAAAGGGAUAUACAGGAUUGAGUACAGGUUCACGCUGAAGGGUGCAGGUCCCAGGAUGCAAGACUUGGCAUCCUACUUCACCGUUACACCUCAGUCGGGCAUGGUGAAUGCCUCCCACCCUGAUGCGAGUGUUGAGAUAAUCUUCCACCCCACAAGUGAAAUCCUCCUCAAGAACAUACCCAUCCUGUACUGCCAGGUGAGCUGCCUGGGCCAGGCUGUGUUAUCACACGGUGUUUUGGGAGCGUAA